GUGGAACACCUUUUUCGGCGUCAACUGAUACUACAGUUGAUAAGUUGACCGAUGUCAACUUGGAUCCAGCUUUAGUGCUUAUAUUCAAAAGAUUAUCUAAACGUGAUACUACUACUAAAUUGAAGGCUUUAGAGGAACUCGAAGCAUAUUUAAGAGGAAAGGAGGAUAAUGAAACUGAUUUGGGCAAGUUUUUUGUCAAAUUGGCAAUUGACGUGGAACGUCGAAUACGCUAUGCAACAUACACUUGUCAUUUGUUAAUAGUAUCUAAGGUUAAAAAACGGCUUGCAUCUAGUCUUAAAGAAAUAAUUGGUGUGUGGAUAAUAUCAUUAUUUGAUCAAUACAAGGACGUUGCUCGAGUGGCGAUGGAAUCUUUUCAAGUUCGUGUCGAUUUACUUUUUGUUGACUACUCAUUAUUAAAAGCUGCACAGCAGUAUGAUGAUUUAUUUGAUAAUCCGAAGACUUGGGCAAAUUUAACCAGCAGUAGUCCUCUUGUCCGUAAAUCAUGUUACAAUUUGAUAAAGGUUUUGACUAAUAAGUGGCCAAAUCGUUUAGAUGUUUUUAGCACGAUGUAUUUAAUGAAGAUAUUUAAUGACAAGGAUAUUACCGUUUAUGGCGACUUAUGGGACUCUUUAUUAGUAUUCACUAAGA